UCCUGUCCCGCCGUCGUUGGAACUGACAGACUGAUGCACCAGUGGGAGUUCUGUCCACUUCCACCCUCCCCUCUUCUCUCCUUCUUAACACACAGCAGCGUGUGUCUACUCACUGAGUCGUGACGUUCACACAGUGGGCGGGGUCCCCAGCUCGCAUAAAUACCCCACUCCUGACCGCAGUUGAGACAGAACCGUAAACGGAAACCGCCGGUUUCUUUAUUUUUUUUUACGCACAAUCCAAGCCAUCUGGAAUAAACCAUGAUCAAGAAAAUGUCUCCAACCGAGAGCGACUUUGACAUCCCCGCCAAGAACUGCUACAGGAUGGUGAUUUUGGGCUCCACCAAAGUUGGGAAAACGGCCAUCGUAUCCCGGUUCCUGAACGGCCGGUUCGAGGAGCAGUACACGCCGACCAUCGAGGACUUUCACAGGAAACUGUACAACAUCAAAGGGGACGUUUACCAACUGGACAUACUGGAUACGUCAGGGAAUCACCCUUUCCCCGCGAUGAGGAGACUCUCCAUACUGACAGGUGACGUGUUCAUUCUCGUCUUCAGCUUGGACAACCGCGAGUCGUUCCAGGAGGUGCAGCGGCUCAAGAAGCAGAUCUACGAGACCAAGUCGUGCCUGAAGAACAAGAUCAAGGAGAACAUCGACGUGCCUCUGGUGAUCUGCGGGAACAAGGGCGACCGGGAGUUCCACCGGGAGGUGCAGCAGGAGGAGAUCGAGCAGCUGGUGGCCGGCGACGACAAGUGCGCCUACUUCGAGAUCUCGGCCAAGCGCAACGAGAACGUGGACAAGAUGUUUCAGACGCUGUUUACCCUGGCGAAGCUACCUCACGAGAUGAGCCCCGACCUGCACCGGAAGGUGUCCGUGCAGUACUGCGACAUGCUGCACAGGAAGUCGCUCAAGCACAAGAAGAUGAAGGACAUCGGGGAGGCGUACGGCGUGGUGACUCCGUGCGCGCGGAGGCCGAGCGUCCACAGCGACCUCAUGUACAUUAAGGAAAAGGCCAUCGGAGGCGGCCACGGCAAGGACAAAGAGAGGUGCGUGAUAAGCUAAGGGGGAGAGAGCACGAGGCGCAAACAAACAUACAAAAAAUAUAUUUUUAAAGAAGAAGGAGCCUGGCGCUCGGACGUGGAGCGGAGCUUUGAAGGCGCCGCCGAUGCAGUUGCUGCUGAUGCUGCUGCCUCGCGCGCUCAAACGCAGCACCGUUUCAAAAGGACACUGACCGGACAACCGAGUCUGCUUUUUUUUUUCACAAGAAAAAAAAACCCCACUGCCAACAAGACGUAUGAGAAUGUUAGCUUGUUCUGUCAGUCAGAGCCUAAUCUGUGACGUGGCUUCAUACCUUGUGAGACUCGCGCGCGCCGAUGCGCAAGUUGUUGCUUUGUUGACGUUUUGCCUUUUGGACAGCUGCCAGAGACUCACACGGCUCAGGAGGCGCGAUGUUAGAGGAGAGAAGGCUGUUUACAUUUUACUGUAGGUUUUUAUAAAGGCUAAGUACACUUGAAUGUUUACUCUGAAUCUGGAUUAUUUUUAUUGUUGAAUGUAUUAUUUAUUGUUGGUGUUAAUUUGUUUUUCUUUUUUGCAAUGAAGU